CACUGUUUCCCACAAAAUGUUUAACGCCCGCGACGUUUUAUUCUAGCUCCAUCUAUUAGUCAUUGUUCUUUACCUGGGCUAGCAAGGGAAGCGACUCUAUAGAUCCUUAGUUUUCAAGGGAGGUAAAGCUUUACACAAGGCGACUGUGUGGCUCAUCCACAGAAAAGAUGCGUGGCCUAACCACACAUGCAAGACGCCAGCUUCACAUAUGUCUGCUGAUGUCAGCAUAUUUUGCGACCGUUAUCGCAGUAAAAAUGGAUGAGGUCUUCGCCCGGGAGAGCGCACCGUCAUUUUGGCACAACCAGGCCCACGGUGAGUUAGAGCAAGCGCUCAAGGAACGACAACUGGGGCUAGCGAAGAAUGUAAUUAUCUUCCUUGGCGACGGUAUGGGGCCCUCAUCGGUGACUGCCGCUCGCAUCCUGGCUGGGCAGAAGCUGGGCCACCCCGGGGAGGAGCACCAGCUGUCGUUUGAGAAGUUCCCAUACACAGGUCUGUCUAAGACCUACUCGGUGGACAGGCAAGUCACUGACUCGGCGUCAGCUGCCACGGCGUUCCUGUGUGGCGUCAAGACGAACCGCGGGGUGGUGGGGCUGACGGCCCAGGCAAGGGAAGGCAACUGUAGCUCCGCCAAGGGAGCUAACGUCGACUCGAUUCUCCGCUGGUCGGCGAGGGCAGGAAAGACAACCGGAGUCGUGACCACAACAAGGAUAACUCACGCCACACCUGCAGGCGCAUACGCUCACUGCCCGAACAGGGACUGGGAGACUGACAGAGAUAUACCUGACACGGAGCGAGACUGUGCUGACGUCGCCCUUCAACUGAUCACACAGAACCAGGACAUUCAGGUGUUAAUGGGAGGUGGAAGGGCUAACUUUUACCCUGAAGGUCAUCCGGACCCUGACCCUGACCCUAAAUUCAACACAUCUGAAGUGUCAAGGCUGGACGGAAGAAAUUUGGUGGAGGAAUGGAUUCAUGACAAACAGGCUAAAAAAUUGCGUCACAAAUUUGUCUAUAACAAACGUGGAUUGGACAAUGUGGAUGUUGGAGAAACGGAUUUUUUACUAGGUCUCUUCAAGCAAGGUCACAUGUCUUAUGACGCAGCCCGGGACCAAUCAAAAGAACCGUCUUUACGUCAGAUGGUGGAGAAAGCGAUAGGGAUACUACGAAAGAAUAAGCAAGGAUUUUUCCUAUUGGUUGAGGGCGGGCGAAUAGACUCCGCCCACCAUGACUCACUGCCACACAAGGCGCUGCAUGACGUCAUAGCGAUGGCGGAAGCCGUGGGCGUGGCCACACAGAUGACUGACCCGGCCGAGACGCUGAUCGUGGUCACGGCUGACCACUCACACGUCAUGAGCAUAGCGGGCUACGCAUCACGAGGGAAUCCAAUUUUAGGUAUCAGUGAUCUAGACGGCGUGUACAACACUGAGAGAACUGACGACGGCCUGCCUUUCACGACCCUACUCUAUGCUAAUGGACCAGGAUAUGUGGCACCACGGCCUAACAUUACAGACGUCAACACAGAAGAUAUAUCGUACGUGUCCCAAUCUGCCGUGCCGAUGGAGUCGGAGACUCACGGAGGGGAGGAUGUGGCUAUCUAUGCCUCAGGGCCUCACGCUUUUUUGUUUACUGGAGUUCAUGAACAGAGUUACCUUCCCAUAGCAAUGGCGUACGCCGCUUGUAUCGGCCCGUAUGAUGUCAACAGCGGAAAGCAAUGUGCGCUGGGCACUUCUAGCCCACAAAGAAAUCAGAGUCCGCUAAACAGAUCCACUCUUCAAAUGCUUACGUUGUUUGUAGGUCUACACUGUAUAUAUUAUUCAAUAAACUUGUUUGUAUGAUAUAUUAUUUUCGUUCAUUUUGUGUUGC